AGAACGUUUGAUCACGGCUGAAGUCCCGAGUACUUUCACGGCAGGUUUCUUCGGGCUAGGCCGCGGGCUCGGAGCCAAAGUGGGAAUGGAAGUCGCUACCUCCCGGCGGUCUUGUGGUGCAGGUUGGGGCGGCAUGAGAUUUACCUGGUGCAAGGACCGUCGCAACGGAGGUGCCUUGGAGGCUGGAACGGUUUGCUGGCGUGAGGGAACCCCACCGAAAGGGGAGCUCACUACCAUCUACGGGGACGUCCGCCAUUGGGGACCUCGUAGAUCAGCGAGAAGCACCACCGGCCGUACCUGCGUCAAGUGCAACCAAGAAGGGCACAUGAGCCGGGACUGUCCCACUGCUGCCUCGGGAGGACGACGAGGAUGCCUCAGGUGUGGCGAGGAAGGCCACAUGAGCAAAAGUCGAUCUGCAGACAUUUGGGCGGGACACACCCAGAUGUGGGCAGCUGACCUUGGUGUGUGGCCAAAUUAGGUGUUUUGCGUGUAUUUUGUGGCAUAUAUAAUAGCUGAUUUAAUUAGUUGUAAAUUUCAACUUUUUUGAUGACGAUGUUGAUAAAUAUA